CAAAGUCUAUAUACCUUGGUCGUGCUGACGCAGACGUGCUGAAACUUCGACGCCAUCUUUAUUCUAAUCUAACCACCAGCCAUGGACCCUCUUCUCGCAGCCGCACAAACCGCUGCUGCAGACCUAGCCAGAACACCAUCCCCGCCAAAUACCCCUCCAUCCGCCGCGACGCUUCCACCAAGCCGCCUAUGGGCCAUUGGCGACAUCCACCUCUCCUUCAAAGGCAACCGUGAAGCCCUGGAAAAGCUCGUCCCCCACCCGCACGAUGACUUGAUCCUCUGUGGCGAUGUCGGAGAGACGGCUGAGCACUGUCGCAUGGCUUUCACAAAGGCCAAGGAAUGCUUCAAGGACGUCUUUUGGGUGCCGGGCAACCAUGAGCUAUACACAUUGCCUGCAAACAAGGAGAACGGCGCAAGAGGCGAGGCAAAAUACAUGGAGUGCGUGGAGAUUGCUCGCGAGUUUGGCAUUCUCACGCCCGAGGAUGACUACAUGCUGUGGCAGGGCGAGGGAGGGCCAUGUCUGAUUGCGCCCAUUUUCACCCUGUACGACUACAGCUUUCGCCCGGAUUCGGUAAAACUACAAGAUGCGCUCGCGUGGGCCAGAGAACAAGACAUUGAAGCGACCGACGAACACCUACUACAUCCAGACCCCUACUCGUCGCGAAUCGAAUGGUGCAACGCCCUUGUAGACAAGACGGAGAAGAAGCUUGAAGCGGCUGUGGCUGCGCACCCAGACGUCCCGCUGAUCAUUGUCGGGCACUGGCCCUUGCGAGAAGAUCUUGUGAAGCUGACCAAGGUUCCCCGGUUUUCGCUCUGGUGUGGCACCAAGCGGACAGAGGACUGGCAUAACAAGUUCAAUGCCAAAGUGGUCGUGUCUGGCCAUUUGCAUAUCAGGAGGACAGAUUGGAUCGACAACACGCGCUUCGAGGAAGUAAGCUUGGGCUAUCCAAGGCAAUGGCACAAUUGCGUGGAACAUGGACUCGAUAUUAACGACUUGCUCCGUGAGAUACUGCCUGGGCCCAAGACGCCGCCUGUAGGGGAGCGCCGGACUAUCUGGAGACAUUUCGGAUGAAGGGUUGCGUGGCAGGCGCAUUGGGGGCAUCCAUCACAUCUUGCUGUGGCUGCAGGUACGUGCAAACCCUCCAAUGGCUUGGUGCCCGCCUAUCACGUUUAUCCAUCUACCAAGAAUACCGCCGUACACCUUUCUUACUUUGACCUUGCGUUGCAUCCGCUAUUCCUUGCACCUGCCUAAAACGUUGUCCCUGCCCCACAAACCACUUGUCCAAUCGCACCCGUGCACGUGCACUGUACGGAAGUCGCUCCCAAAAGUUAUCGCCAGACCGGGGGAGCUCGGUUAGAAGUUGUUGCCAACAAGGGUGGGCAAAAGUUAUUCGACCACGCGAUAAGACGUUAAAUGACCACGCGGUAAGCAGGGGUCGGCAUUAGUGGGCUUGGCCGAUACACUGGCGGUAUUGUUAGUAUCUUUUGCUGAUAUGGGCGUACUAUACAAAUUAUAAGAUUGUAGAGAGUGCUAGUAUGUUAGCGCAAGGUUUGCAAU